AUGGACGAAUACUUUGAAUCUCGAAACGGCAAUCACGGGCCCAAACAGCCCGGCGGACCAUCGGACAAAACUCGUUCGUGGGUCAACUCGCAGGCUAGUGAUCCCCCUGAUCUACCGCCCGGGGAGGGCACGAUUCUCGACGGCGAGAAACCGAGCAGUGUCGCUCUUUUUGGCGAGAAUGUUGGAGGAGAGGGAAGAGGAGAGGAGCGGAGGCGGCCUUCUAAGAAGGAUUCGUACAGGCGGAGAAGUAAACACGUCACCAGCCCGGAUCCAGAGGAGAGAAGGUCUUCGAGACGGAAGGAAUCGCGGCGCACUACUGCCGAGCGAGAGGAUGUUGGAGGAGGAGGAGGUGUCAGGUCCGGGAGUGGAAGCGGUGGGGAUGGCGGCGUCUAUACCUCUAAGCAUCGUUCAUCGCGGAGGAGAGAGAUGGAAUACGAUGCCUACGCCGAUGGCGGACCUGCCGCCGGCGGCAUGAGAACCUUCGAUGGGCGACCGGCUGUCGCGAAUAAGAGAAAUAGCAUUUUAGGGCGGUGGGGGGGAUUCCUCUGA